AUGAAUGCACCGAUUGCUGAAACCUCGGAACAAAAAACUCAGAAUUUUGAGGGAUAUGGGCGCGAAUCCUCCACAGAGUACUUGAUCAAUCGCUACUUUACUAUGGUCCGUCGCAAGAUGACUGGCGAAGGAGAUUUCAAAGAAUAUCUUGCGAAUCAUGAUAUGGAAAACCUCGCCUGGACUGCGAAAGUCUGGGGCAGGAAGGACGGUGAUUUGAAGAAGUGGGGCUUUUUCAAAAUCCGCGAAGCUUUCAUUGAACUUGAAAAUGUGAUCAAUGAGCAAAGGCCGAAAGUGGAUGAGACAGCAGACGAAGAUGCGAAAAUUGGUUGUUUAAAAAAGAUCGCAGAUCAGCUUCAACUGGUUUGUGAUGAAAUUUCGAUGACUGAGGGUCUUAUCUUCUGUUUGCUUGCGCCUCUGCAUGAAAGAGAAAAGGCUUAUCAAGCUUUAGACAGGGAAGAAGAGGUAGCAGGUGAGAAAGCAACCGAGGAGUGGUGGGCCGAAUACCACAAAGGAGACACUGCUCGUGCCUGGGAAUCUUUUGGCCAAAACUGCUUUAUUGUUCUUACUGGAGGAGCCAUUCGGCCGGAUGCUUUCGGCUGGAACGAGGUUUGA